CAGGAAGUGUGUGUACGCAGCAUGGAAGGCACACAUGCUAAGGUUUGCAUGACAUUAGGUGUGUUCGACUUGAACUUGCGUUUACAGAAAGGAUGUGUUUAAAUGGGGAGAUGAAAUGAGAAAUUAACCACAAACUUCAUGAAAACUGCUGCCUUCCGAACAUCUAGAAACAUGAGCACAAAAGAGGACGCCACUGCAGACCGCGGCUUUCUUGUUGGAAUCAUAUUCUUCAUCCUUGGCCUGGGAACGUUGUUACCAUGGAACUUCUUUAUGACUGCGUCUAUGUAUUUCAACAACAAAUUGAACGCUUCGGAAUGGAAGAACGGAACGCUAACAGUCAGGAAGGAAUAUUAUUUCAAUAACUGGAUGACCCUGUUAUCCCAGCUGCCUUUGCUUCUGUUCACUUUGCUCAACUCUAUCCUCUAUCAGCGAAUCUCGGAGAAGAUGAGGAUAGCAGGGAGUUUACUCUUCAUCCUCCUUCUUUUCAUCCUCACUGCUGUCCUGGUGAAGGUUCCUAUGGAGGAGGACAGGUUCUUCUCUGUCACCAUGGCAACCAUCUGGUUUAUCAACUCAUUCGUGGCUGUGUUACAGGGAAGUCUGUUUGGUUUGGUGGGUUUGUUGCCACAGAAGUACAGCGCUGUGUUUAUGAGUGGACAGGGACUCGCAGGGACAUUUGCUGCUUUUGCCAUGAUUUCCGCCUUAGCAAGUGAAGCUGAUAGUGAAACGGCAGCUCUCGGUUAUUUCAUCACUCCAUGUGUCGUGACCCUUUUCACAAUCAUGUGUUACAUGCUGCUACCCAAACUGGAGUUUGCUCGCUUUUACCUGGACAAGUGUAAAAGCAAGAGCUACGAGCUUGAGACAUUCAGCCAGCUGCUGCCUACAGAUGCUGUGAAAGGCUCUGGGCAAGCAAGCGACGGUUCGAAUGGCCCUGUGGUGAAUGUAAAUCCUAACGGAGACAUUAACUGUGUGAGUGAAGAGGAGGGCAGCAAACAGGCCUUCAUCCCGCUGCAGCCAGAGAAUGUGUCUGCACAGAAGAGCUCAGUCCUGGAGGUCUUUAAAAAGAUCUGGGUUAUGGCGUUUUGUGUUACAUUUGUAUUCACAGUAACACUGUCAGUUUUUCCUGCUGUUACUGUGGAUGUGAAGACUGUUUAUGAAGGCAAAUGGGAAAGGUACUUUAUCCCUGUUUGCUGUUUUCUCAUCUUUAAUUUUAUGGAUUGGAUUGGCAGAACUGUUACAUCACUAGUUCAGUGGCCCCCUAAAGACAGUCGCUUGUUCCCAGUGCUGGUCGUUUCUCGGUUAAUCUUUGUUCCUUUGCUCAUGAUGUGUAACGUUCAGGAGAGGCACUUACUACCAGUGCUCUUCUCAAAUGAUCUGAGUUUUGCUGCCAUUAUGGUGUUCUUCUCUGUGUCCAGUGGAUACUGUGCGUGUCUGUCCAUGACCUAUGCACCACAGCUGGUGGAAUCGAAAGACGGGGAGACGGCCGGCGCGUUAAUGACGUUUUUUCUGGCUCUGGGUUUGUCGCUGGGAGCUGGUUUCUCAUUCCCUCUACGCUUCAUGGUCUGACACCACGAAAACACACACAAAGACACAUUCUCAAAUAUUCAAGCAGCUUUCAGUGCUGUCUGCUGAAAAUCCAUUCUCAUGAUGUUUACACAAAUGAGCUGAAUUCAUAAAAUGACAGAGCAGCUUUAUUUGGCAGCUUAAAACCAAGCUUACAAAAUCAGCUCUAUUAAAGUGAAUGCAACACCUGCAGUUUUUGGACAUUACAGGUAAAGGGACAGCUGGUGAAAUACAGUUUCUGUGUUUCCAGUAAAUGUAGUAACUAUAGUACUUUGGCCAAAACUGUUUUGUUUUUUUUGUUUUUUUUUUGCCUUUCCUCGCAAUACCUUUAUCCAUCCCUUAUGAAAACAAACCAUGGUUUUACUACAGUAACCAUAGAUGAACUAUGGUAUUUGUUGUAAAACCAUAACCAGAACAUUUUACCAUGAUUUUACCACAGUAACCAUAUUUUAACCAUGAUAUGUGGUAAAACUAUAGUAAUAAUACAGGAAAUCAAAAAACAUGGUAUUUAACCAAUUAUUCUGCCAAACUGUUUGUUUUACUAUAGUAAAACCAUGGUUGUUUUUUGUACGGGCAUGUUUUUAUGGGGGGUGGAAACCAUGGUUUUAAAAACUAGACUUGGUACCACAAAUUUACCAUGAUGUUACCAUAGUAAACCUUAAUAAAUUCCCUACCUGUCCUCUAAGGGCCUCCAUAAUCUUGUAACGAUCAGCCAAAUCGGCCGAGUUACACACAAACAAGAUUGGGAACUGAUCUUAACUGAGUGAGACAAACCAAGGGACUAAACUGAAACACAAUGUAUUUACAACAUAAAUUAUUUACACAUAGAACAAUAUAUACACAAUGAAAUACUCCCAGUCCAAGCAAAUGAAUAGAGUCUUUUAGAAUCUUCGGUGCUGUCCAUAGAGAGUAUCCAGUACCCAGUGUGCCUACCCAUGUAUGUACAGUCCUAUGUGCUCUUUGUCCAGUCCUGUUGUGUACAUCUGUGAAACAAUAAUCCACAUGAAAGGUGUACUCCACAAUCAAGACAGUCUCCAAAGUUCAAUGAACAAACAACAGGCCUCUCUCCAGUGCCAUGCUGGCUCCCAAUACACCUGAUGGUAACUACUUCCUACUUCCUGUUAGGUGACAGGAGUUCCAACAUUUCUUAAAGACAUAGCAUACAUUUUUUUAGGGAGAUAAAGGGACAAAGAGACAGUACAUGUAUUUGUCAAAUGUACAAGUGUUAAUGUUAUUACAUGUCUCAUACGUGGUAUUGCUACAACCUCAAGAACUGACAGUUACUAUUUAAAAUGAGACAGUUCAAAGGGAUUAAAAUGAGUACAAAUGUUUCUUACACAUUGAGAUCCUGAUAUUUUAGUUUGAUUUGGUUUUAGGAUUGAGGCUUUUUUUUUUUUUUUUUUUUUUUUGUAGGCAAACCCAAGACUUUUAUUAACAGUGGCAAGACAAAGUCACAAGUAUAGACAAAACACAGUGUGCUUAAGCUAACAACACACAGACAAUUUGAAUUGUUCAUGUCUUUAUUGAACACAUCCCAAUAAACAUUCACAGUGCUGUGGAAAAAGUGACCUACAUCAGCACUCAUUGGUGUAAAGCAAUUGUGUUUACAGCAUUUCAACUGCAGUCAAAUCAACUGGUUUGACCGCAUCAAAGAAGCUUGAAACCGCAUGUUAAGUGUGAUGCAAUCUCCAUAGAAAUAGUAUAUAAGCCAAACUGGCCUGUAAACUCUCCUCUUGCUUUUGGUCAUGUGUCCCACAACUUUCAUUUCUACACCACUGCCUUAGUUUAUAGUAAAUUCAGCCUCAUGACAGCAGAUGAAAUAUGAAGCCAUUUGAUGUAUGGAAAAGAUACACUAUAUUGCCAAAAGUAUUCGCUCAUCUGCCUUUAGACGCAUAUGAACUUAAGUGACAUCCCAUUCUUAAUCCAUAGGGUUUAAUAUGAUGUCGGCCCCACCCUUUGCAGCUAUAACAGCUUCAACUCUUCUGGGAAGGCUUUCCACAAGGUUUAGGAGUGUGUUUAUGGGAAUUUUUGACCAUUCUUCCAGAAGCGCAUUUGUGAGGUCAGACACUAAUGUUGGACGAGAAGGCCUGGCUCGCAGUCUUCGCUCUAAUUCAUCCCAAAGGUGCUCUAUCGGGUUGAGGUCAGGACUCUGUGCAGGCCAGUCAAGUUCUUCCACACCAAACUCACUCAUCCAUGUCUUUAUGGACCUUGCUUCGUGCACUGGUGCGCAGUCAUGUUGGAACAGGAAGGGGCCAUCCCCAAACUGUUCCCACAAAGUUGGGAGCAAGGAAUUGUCCAAAAUCUCUUGGUAUGCUGAAGCAUUCAGAGUUUCUUUCACUGGAACUAAGGGGCCAAGCCCAGCUCCUGAAAAACAACCCCACACCAUAAUCCCCCCUCCACCAAACAUCACAGUUGGCACAAUGCAGUCAGACAAGUACCCUUCUCCUGGCAACCGCCAAACCCAGACUCGUCCAUCAGAUUGCCAGAUGGAGAAGCGUGAUUCGUCACUCCAGAGAACGCGUCUGCACUGCUCUAGAGUCCAGUGGCGGCGUGCUUUACACCACUGCAUCCGACGCUUUGCAUUGCACUUGGUGAUGUAUGGCUUGGAUGCAGCUGCUCGGCCA